AUGUUCUUUCUUAUUCUGUACACAACUAACGUUUUCAAGGAACAUGAACGCGACCUCCGGGUGUCCAUCUACACCAUUGUUGCCAUCACAACCACAUGGGGUCCACCCCUGCUUGGCGGGAUAUCAUCACGAGGCCCGACUGGGUUCGAGUUGCAGUUCACAAUCCUCAGCUGCUUUUUGGUCCUUGCCGUGCCGGCCAUUGCCUUGGGUGUGCCCGAGACAGCAUAUGACCGCAAUUGUACACUACCGCGGAUUGAUGAGGGUAGUGAAAGUCCCUAUAAGGCUUCCAUGUGCCAGGGUAUCAGACGGGACCGUAUCAUUGAUACCAUCAACGACUACAUUGUGAAGAUAAAACCAUACUCCUACCGUGGAUCGGCAGAUAUGGUCACUUUUCUCCAAGCACCUCGUGCUUUCAUUGCACCAACUACACUUAUCCUCUUCUUCACAUCUCUAUUCCCGUACUCAUCGCUAUGGGCCUUCAGCUCUUCGCUCUCUCUUCUAUUUCACUCCACCUAUACUACAACCACUAUCGGUGUCCUCGUGACAGGCCCCUGGCUUCUCGCCACCGCUACAGCGGCCUUGUUCACGCUCCUCCCGUUGUUCCUCCCUCGUUUACAGUCACAGUUCCCCGUUUUAGCGUCCAUCCCAACGCACUUCAACAACAAGCUGAAUACGGUCGCCAUCACAGCUGGUUCUCUCCUCGCGUUUAUCGGCAUCCUCGCCUUUGGUCUCCAUACAGACGCGAGAAUCCACGAUGGCGAGAUUCUGACGACGAACCUCUCAGCAAUUAGUUUCGCUCUCGGUCUACUCGCCGCAGGGGCGUACGUCCUCGACGCCAUCUCCCGCCCCUUGAUCCGGUUGAGCACGGCCUCGGCUUCCUCCUCCAAUAAUCAUACCGUUGAUACUAGGACCGCAAACGAUAUGGCAACCGGCGUCGCCUGUUGGAAGACGCUGUUUGCCGGGAUUUUCGUCAUUGCCGUCCCCAGUGGCAUCUCAAAAAGUCCGCGUAGCAGCGAGGUUCUUUCGUCGGGACAUGGGCUGAGAGAUAUGUGUAUUGGGUUUGCGGUGGCACAGGUAGUCAUUGUGGCCGUAGCGGGGGGUGUUUGGUGGUUCUUUGGUGAGGGGGUUAGGAGGUGGGAUGGCAGGGUGAUGAAGUUGGAGGCUUCAGGGGUGGUGGGCAAGGGAACCAGUGGGAGGGAGGGGAGCUUUUUCGAUACAGACUAA